AUGACCCAGGGUACGAUGAGGGUGGAGGAGUACGAGCGUCACUUCACCAAGAUGAUGAGUUUGGUCAACCGCGCCAUAGCGGUGGAGAGAGAAAGAAUCGGCUGGGAGGACCGCCAGCGCGACAAGAAGAGGAAGACCGAGUACCAAACUCACGACAGGAGCUCCCGGAGGUCAUGGAAUGCACCAUCCUUCCCGCCCAGGAACAGCUUCCGUUCUGACUUCAGCCACCAGAACAGAGACUUCAGUGGCGGAAACGGCCAGUACUCAGGCAACAGAACCUUCGGAGGACAAUCGCAGGGAGGAGGAAGCUCCAACCGCCAGCAGCCAGUGCCAAAAGCCUCGACGCCAGCUACCCCGUUCGUUUGCUUCACCUGCAACAAGCCGGGUCACAAGUCUUACGAGUGCCCCGAGAAGAAGACCCCGACUCCAGCUCGCACGCCUGGCUCCGCCGGCAGGCCCGCUCAAGCUCCGCGCACCGCCGACCGCGGCCGACUGACCCACCUGACUGGGAGGGAGAACAAGGCUGCACCUAACGAUCUCGCGUCACCAGCCUGCGCCGCGCCCCGCCUGUCUCCGCUUCGCGACACGGGAGCGAAACCGUCGCGCCCCCGUGUCAGCCACCAACCCGCGAACCCUAACCCUAGCCCCGUGCCACAGCCGCAGCGGUGCCGCCACGCGUCCCGGCCCGGCCGUCGAGAACCCCGGCCGCAGCCGCUCCCGAACCCUAGCGCUCCCUAUAAAUCCGAGGCCGCUUCGCCCCAAACCCUAGAAGCCCCAGCCUCCCUUCCGCCGCCGCCACACGAAGAGGAGGAGGAGGAGGAGCCGGAGCUGCGCAAGGAGGAGAAGGCCGACGCCCCGGAGCUUCACCAGGCCGGCGCCCCGUACGACGACCCCAACGCCGCGGAUCUCCCUGCACGGCCUCGACCCACCGGCUCCAACCCGCCACCGCACCGAGCGCCAUCUCCCUCAGCCCCGCCGGACCCGUCCGCGAGGAGCUGACCGACGACCAGGACUACCCGGAGGC